AUGCCGUCUCAUGCUGCCAGGCCGUCUCAUGCUGCAAGGCCUUCAUUCACUGGUGUUACGAAUGUUCGUCUUUCCACCUCCUUCCCACGCGCCCCUUCCCUGCCAUUCCCCUUCCCAGAUAAGUACGUGGCCAAGUUGCGUCCCACUAGGAUCAAUGGGCAGGUGGUCGGCGACAAAGGUGCAUCUGGGAAAGCAAUCGUAAAUGUGGUGAGUUACUCAGCUGUAAAAACCUAUCUCAUGUUUAUCUACACCAUCUUGAACAUUCGAUCUUGUGGAGCCGUCAUCAAGCGGUACCACGUCCUGCACUGCAACCGGUGA